AAGAUAGAUAAUUGAGUGGCACCCAUUAACCAUACCCUUCAAAACCCUUAUUUUUCUCUCUCAUAGCUUAAGUUUCAAGAAAUGGGUCACCAUUCUUGCUGCAACCAGCAGAAGGUCAAGCGAGGACUCUGGUCGCCGGAAGAGGACGAGAAGCUCAUUCGCUACAUCACCACUCAUGGUUAUGGCUGCUGGAGCGAAGUUCCAGAGAAAGCAGGGUUACAAAGAUGUGGGAAGAGUUGUCGUUUAAGGUGGAUAAAUUAUUUGAGACCCGACAUUAGAAGAGGCAGAUUUACACCCGAGGAGGAGAAGUUGAUCAUCAGCCUUCAUGGGGUUGUCGGAAACAGGUGGGCUCACAUAGCAAGUCAUCUGCCAGGUAGAACAGAUAAUGAGAUAAAAAACUACUGGAACUCGUGGAUCAAGAAGAAGAUUCGAAGACCUAACUCUAUAGCUCCUGCUACCAUGACGAUGACCACGACCACCGUCCCCACCACCAACACGGAACACAUUCAACUAAGUUCGAAUCCCCACCAACUCAAUUUCCUCACACAAGACCUAACAACCAAGCAACUCUCCCUCCAUCAAGAAACCCUAUUCCCCACUCUUUCUUGUCCACUCUUCACAUUCAACACAUCCUCUCAAGAACUAUUCCAUGACACAUUAAGUCUCAACCCUGAUACUACUACUACUUGGCACUUGAACCACCCAUACCAUCACCACCACCACCACCAGUUUCUGUCGGAGGUGCUCAACCCUCAAAUCGAAUUGGGGGCUACGACAAGCGUUAUGAACAACACGAAUAGCUAUUUGCCACCAUUGAUAGAGAACAUUGAAAGCUUGGUGGGAAUGGAUGAUGAAGGGGAGAUGGCAUUAGAGUGCUUGCAAAGGCAGGAUGUAAAUGAUUGGGUGGUCGAGUCGAGCCAGCCACAAAACUCGAACUUUCUCUUUUGGGAAAACGUUGAAGGAUCUCUUGGUGGGGAAGAAGUUAUAGCACCAACUUCAAAUUCCACCCUGCCGCUUCUUCCGCCCGCCGCCGUUACCGAUCACUUCGUCAAAAUGAUCAUUCCAGAGAAGAACCGCAGAGAGAUCUCCAAGUACCUCUUUCAAGAGGGAGUUUGUUAUGCCAAGAAGGACUUCAAUCUGGCCAAGCACCCAGAAAUCGAUGUGCCUAAUUUGCAAGUGAUUAAGCUGAUGCAGAGUUUCAAGUCUAAAGAGUAUGUUCGUGAGACAUUUGCUUGGAUGCAUUACUAUUGGUAUCUCACCAACGAUGGCAUUGAGUUUUUGAGGACUUACCUGAAUCUCCCUUCAGAAAUUGUCCCGGCUACCUUGAAGAAACAAGCCAAGCCAGCUGGUCGACCAUUUGGUGGCCCAUCUGGAGACCGCCCACGUCCGUCAAGAUUUGACGGAGAAAGAAGAUUUGGUGGUGAUCGGGAUGGCUACCGUGGUGGUCCUCGUGGGUCUGGUGGUGAUUUUGGUGAUAAGGGUGGAGCUCCUGCUGAUUACAGACCUUCAUUCGGGGGUCCUGGUGGAAGGCCUGGGUUUGGGCGUGGAGCUGGUGGCUAUGGAGGAGCGCCGGCACCCUCAAAUCUCGAAUGAGACAACAUCAAUAGGCUUAUGGGGAGUGUUUUUGUUGUUAGUUUUAGUUUCUAAACAAAAUGAACUGCAGAUGAUCUUGAAUCAAACUCAUGAGAUUAUAUCAGUUUUGCUUGCCUAUAAUUGAUUGUCGGAUUUUUUUUAUU